UGACGAGGCAGGUGAUGCGGUGUUGGAAGGCGGCUUGAGUGCGGCUGUAGGUAGCUUGAGCGAAGUGUUCGGCAGCGCUUCCGGCGGAAUGACGAAAACAAUGGUGCGGAUGUUCAGCGAGCUUCUGUCUAAAUGGAAGGCUCAGGGGGACGUUGCUUUGGCGGACUUUUUCCGGAAGGAGAAUGUUACGCAUGGGAUCUGGUCUAUAUCUAUAAAUAUAAGUGACGAAUGACAGCGCACGCACGUAAAGCGCCACGAUCCUUGCUUGCAGCAACUUACUUGAGAGACUGCGACACACAUGAAAAACAUGCAAAAACCUAAAGCAGUGGCCCUCUUUGGUGCGUCGCGUUCAUUGGCAGGCCCUUGGUCUGAUGAGGGACCUGGCUGAGGCUUAUCCAUCGCCAUCAACAUGCGCCACAGGACAGCCAGAGACUGCGAGAAUGCAUGGCGCUGCUUUAGGUUUAGCUUUCACGUUUUGACUCCAGGCGACCUCUAAUAUUUGAAGCUUAAUAUGCAACAAAGUCAGCAACUCUUAGAGUAGAGCUCCAGUAGUACUCUGGAUUCCAAUCGCCCUCUCGUGUUCUUUUCCUCCCUCAGAAUUCAUUUUAAGAAGGAGCGCGGAGAAGCGCCCCCGCAGCGCUUCUGGCAGCAACAGUUUCGUGGAGAACGGUGCGUCUCCGUGUAUUAGUCUAAAACAUCUUGGCUCGCCAUCGUCUGAAUCUGAUUCGCAGAAGUCGACGGCCGAGGGUACUGCAAGUAAGACGCCAUCCUCUCCAGCCGGUGAUGGUCUAGGUGAGAACGGAGACCAAGGUCAAGCAGAUGGGCGGCCACCUGAUCAUGCUCAAGAUGAUGACGGAGCAUCGGAGGACGAGGGCCCCCAUGCCUCUGAGGCGAAAAAUGAAUCAGUAGAAGAACAACACGCGGAAGAACUAGAACAGGGAAAUAUCAGUGAACAUGAGUCCGCAGAUGCGGUAGACGAUCGUAUCGAAAAGGCAGGUGAGGGCACAAGAGCGGCUGGGCAGGAUUCACAAGCGGUUGAUCCACACGACGUGAUCUCUCAACAAAUUGCGGGCCUUCGGCUGCGGAAGUACCUCCGCGAUCUGCUCAAACAAGUACUUACCGACGGCACUGCGAUGAUCAAGAGCGUAGUAAAAAAGGAGAUCACCGAUGAGACGAUGGAGAGGCAAGUCGACCCAAAAGCGAUGUCCGUUAGAUGGGAAUAUGGAGGUGAGCGUGAGCAGCUGGCGAAACCUCAGGGUGACGCUGGCGCAGUAGAAAUGAGUGACGAUGAGCUUGUGGUUGACCUUGACCAAGUACGUGGAAAAGUUGUACCAGAUUCUUAAUAUUUGCCUAUCGCUAUGAGACGGUUUCUAGACGUCUAAGAGAAAGAACAAACUGCCAGCAAAAAUCAAAGAGACAAUCACACAGAUGAUCAUGAACCCAUCCUAGAAGCACCAAUCUCCAAGAAGUAAACUAGCCGGCUAAUUUCCCUCUAUGGUUCGGAGGUCGUUCGUAGUCCCUCUCCGCAAAACAUGAGCUUCAUGUUGCAGCAGAUCCAGGACUCUCCACGCAGAAUAUCUUCAAG